AUGCCACCUAAGAAGAGACUAGGGACUCUGGGUAGUAGGGUACAGACCAAGUCUAAUCCUGUGAAGCCAAGUACCACCAAUUCUAAUGGAAGCAAUAGAGUUAAUAAAUCAAAUACUACAAGUUCCAAGUUAUCAUCCAGAGCUAAACUAAUCGAAGCUGAAGAUGAUGAUGUUUCAGAUAGUGAUGAUAUAUCUAGUCAACCUAAUAGUCAACAGAUUCUAGGGAGAAAGAAUCGAUUGAAUGAUUUAUUAUCUCAUUCUCAACAAUCAUCUAUAGAUUCAAAAUCAAAAUCAAAAUCAAAACAACCUCCAAAAUUAAAUUCAUCAUCAAAAUCAAAACCACCAGUGAAAUCAUUAAAGAAACCGGUACUAUCCCGUCCUAAUGGUAAAUCAAACAAAUCAAUUUUUGAAGAAGAUGAAGGGUUCAUUUAUAAACGAAGUCAAUCAGUUGAAGGUGAUUCGGAUGUCAAUAAUAGUAAGAAAAAGAGAAAACAGAUCAGUACUCCAAUAUCCAUUCUACAAGAAGAAAUGAAUCAUUUAUCCCGAGAUUUGGAUAAUGAUGAUGAUUUACAUUUAUUGGAUUUAGAUAAUUCAAAGAGAACUAAGAAAUCAAGUAGUUCUAAUACUCGGAAAAAACCAGAAUCAAAUUCAAGACGUCAUAACUUCUUAGAUGAGUCAAGUUUGCAAUUAUCAUCGCCCAUCAAGGAUAUCAAAGAAACCCAUGACUAUUCAUCCGAUGAUUAUGUUGAACAAGUAUCUCAUCAUACCCUCACCCUCGAUGAGCCUGUUAACACUGGUAGAAAUAAAAAUUCAACAUUCAGCAAUCAUAAUACUAAUAAUACCAACAACAAUAGUAGUAAUAAGAGAAGAAGUUCAUAUUAUAAUAGAGGUAAAAGAGUGCUGUCUAUUGGUAAUGGGUUUGUGGGAGAACCUCAUCAAGAUAUUCCAGUAUCUGAUUAUUAUAAAUUGUUAGAUACAUCUUUACCAGAACCUGAUAGAGUUAGACAACUCUUAGUAUGGUGUAUUAAGAAGAAACUUGAACAAGAAGAUAAAACUUCAAAUAAGAAACCAACUAGUACCGAAGAUCAAACUGUGGUCAAUAUAGCGAAGGUUAUUAAAGAAGAAGUUCUUAAAGAUUUAAUAGAAAAACAAAUUUCAACUAGUUGGUAUAGUAAUUUCAAUACUGAUGAUUAUGAUAUGCCAGAUAAAGAAAUAAUCAUACCUAAUCCAUUAAAUGAAGUUAAUUUACAAAAUAUAGAUAUUUAUACCAAAAAAUUAAAAACUUUAAUCAAACAGAAACAACAAUGGGAAGAUGCUUAUAAUAAAUCGAUAAAUCCCAUCAAGAAAAUGCCGGAUGUGAUCAAUCGAGAUAUCAAGAAGGGUCAAUUAGAAGAUUAUAUUCAAACUAAGAAUGAAGAAGAUGGUGAUUCAUCUGUUGAUGCUGCUGUUCUUGACAAUUCAUAUUUAAAUAAUGUGACUGAAAAUUUUGAACAAAUCAAGCAUAAAGUUAAUGAUAAUUUAGAAUCUUCAGUUGAUAAACUUUAUCAUACCACAUAUCAAUUGGUAAAAAUAUCAGAAGUAGUUGAAGCAUUGGAAGCGACUAAACUAAAGGGUCAAGUAUCAUUAUUAUUACUGGAUUAUAUGAAGAGGCCCGAAAUGCGCACGACAAAUAUCGCGGAUGCGAAAAGGUUUGAUAUAUGGUCUAAACCAGUUAAAUCAGUAGAUACUAAAAGCUUAUUGAGAAGUUUAACAAGAUUAGGGAAUUCAAACUCGGUUACAACUUCUACUACUAUCCCCACCCAUAAUCCAAAUUAG